AUGGCUACACUCUACUCCUUAAAGUGGGCCCUUAGGCAGAAAGUCACGGCAAAGGCGUCGUCCUCGAAGCAGCCGUUGUCCGACACACAGUACAGCACUGGCUUCGAUAUCUUGGUGCGGGGCUCAGGAUGGACGACGUACCAAGACUUCAUUAUCCCUCAACUAUCUCAGCUGCUAGCCCCUCUCUUCAACUCGCGUAUCUAUAUCUCAGUGCUAGAAAUCGGACCCGGCCCGAAGAGCGUACUUGGAUACCUGCCCAGCCGUCAGAGACAGAAGGUUAGGAGAUACGCUGCAUUUGAGCCUAACGGCGUGUUUGCUACAAGAUUGGAAGAAUGCUUUUGCUCUACCUCAGAGACGGAGUCCCCGCUGCCCUGUCUGGAAAGCCCGCCUGACAUCCAUCGAAUCCCAUUCGGUCUGGACAGCAAUACAGGGAGCGGUGCAGGUGCCGGUGCGAGUGGUAGCGACGAAAAAUUCGACGUCAUCCUAUUCUGCCACAGCAUGUACGGCAUGAAGCCCAAACACAGGUUCAUCGAACGGGCUCUGGAAAUGCUUGUUAUGCAGCCAGAAGGCGGAAUGGUGGUGGUUUUCCAUCGCGACGGGACCCUGCACCUCGACGGCUUGGUGUGCCAUCGAACGGCUUCUUUCCCUACCGGAGUCGCUCGCGUGGCAAAUGACGACGAGGUGCUGGAUUGUUUUGCUCCUUUUGUCGCGGGGUUUGUCAUGCAGGAUGUAGAAGUGGACAAGGCUAUCCGAGUCGAGUGGCGUGAGGUUUGCCGCGCCUUGGGCCGUCGUGAGGAAUCCCACCCGGACCAUCUCUUGCUCAGCUCGCCCAACGUCAUGGUGGCCUUUACCAAACAUGCGACCACAUUGCCGGAGCUGGCGGCGCAGGUGCCAGUGGCGGCGGAGGACAAGACGGUUAAAAACUGGGAGGCUCGCCUCCACUACCCCGCCUCGAUUAUUCUGCCGACAGAGAUCCGACAUGUCCAGCAGUGCGUUCGAUGGGCUCUGAAGCACGGGGUCGGCCUGACUGUCGUCGGCGGGGGUCACAGCGGCCACUGUCUGUGGCCCAACGUCGUCUCCAUCGAAAUGGGCGCCUUUGACCAAGUACACAUUCUCACGGCUGGGGAGGAUGGAGGAGAAUCCGGUUCCGACUCCGGCUCUUUGGUCGUCGCCGAGGCUGGCUGCAAGACGGGGGAUAUCGUCCGCAAGACCAUGGCGGCGGGCGUGACAGUGCCCCUGGGGGCUCGCCCAAGCGUAGGCGCGGGGCUGUGGCUACAAGGCGGCAUAGGGCACCUGGCUAGGCUGCACGGGCUCGCGUGCGACGCCAUCGUCGGUGCCGUGCUGGUUAGCGUCGACUCUGGCCAGGUCCUCUACAUUGGUUGUGUGCCAAGCCAACACCGGCCGACCGGUGCUGUGCGCCCGGAAAACGAAACCGAUCUGUUAUGGGCGAUCAAAGGCGCCGGGACCAACUUUGGCAUCGUGGUCAGCGUUACUUUCAAGGCUUACGCGGCUCCGACCUACUCGACUCGAUACUGGGUUGUCCCACUGAGCGACAACCUCGAGGCGCGGCUCAAACUUGGCGAUUUUGAUAAAUUCGUCGCCAGGGACCUCCCCCGGAACUGUUCUGCAGACGCGUAUCUGUACUGGGACAGCGGCCAGCUGCAUCUUGGCGUGACUAUGUUCGAAUCUCCCACGUCUAGGCUCACAUUUGAGACACCCACGCCCACGCCCACGCCCAACCCCGUAGGUACAAUCUUGGGCCCGGAAGACAAUUUCAAGGUCGUCGACGGCGUCGGUUUGUUCGAGACCGAGAUGUACAUGUCCGGGAUGCACGGCGGGCACGGCGGCGGCAAGACCUCCUCGUUCAAGCGAUGUGUAUUCUUAAAUCGCAUUGGAGCAGAGAACGUCGCCGACAUCUUGGUGGCCGCCGUUGAGACUCGUCCCUCGCCACUCUGCUAUCUCCAUCUGCUGCAAGGUGGCGGAGCGGUCGGCGACGUGGCGGCUAAUGCCACUGCUUUCGGCUGCCGAGACUGGGACUUUGCCUGCGUGGUAACUGGUGUAUGGCCCCGCGACCAAGAUGGAACCGAAGCCGCUCGAGCUGCCGUGACGUGGGUUUACAACGUCGCCAGGGACUUGUUGCCCUUGAGCAGCGGAGCUUACGGCGCCGACCUUGGGCCGGACCCCAGAGACGCCGCGCUGGCGGCCAAGGCCUUUGGACCGAACCGGCCACGCCUAGCCCGUCUCAAACACAGCUCGGACCCGCGCAAUGUGCUGGCUUACGCCUGCCCGCUCCCGAAAGCGCCGAUGGAACAGAAGCUCAUAAUUCUUGUCACGGGCGAAAGCUGCGCCGGCAAGGACUAUUGCGCCGACAUCUGGGUCUCCGUGUUCAUCACAUGCACCCACAAAACGCUCACGGCGCGUGCAGUCAACAUUAGCGAUGCGACCAAGCGAGAAUACGCGGCGGCGACGGGUGCCGACCUGAACCGCCUGCUUUGCGACCGUGCCUACAAGGAGCAACACCGGCCAGCGUUGACUACAUUUUUCCAGGGCCAGGUGCGGCAGCGACCUCGGCUGCCAGAGGAGCAUUUUCUGAACGUGGUGUACGGCGCCGUAGAUGUGGACGUGCUGCUAAUUACUGGGAUGAGAGACGAGGCGCCGGUAGCCGCCUUCUCGCAUUUGGUGCCAGACAGCAGACUGCUCGAGGUUCGCGUCAAAGCGAGCGACGAGACGCGGCGGGUUUGCCGAGGGUGCCACGGUGGUGAUGACGACGGUGGCGACAACAAGGACAGCAAGGAUAAGAACAAUGGCAGGUCGAAUUUGACGACCUCGGACUACCGCCCCAGUCUCAUCUUCGACAAUGACAAGACUGGAAAAGAGGCGGCAAAAAGGCUUGCCGAACACUCCCUGCUUCCCUUCUUCCACGAGGACUUGCAGCGACUGGCCAAUAUGGUGCGCCCGGUACCCGACUUUCCACGCCCCGGCAUCGAGUUCCGCCACGUGCUCGACAUCUCACAGCAACCAGGUGGGCUGGCCCUAUGUACGUCUCUGCUGCAAACUCACUUCACUGGUGACUGGGCCAAGGUCGACGUGGUGGCGUGUUGCGAGGCCGGCGGGUUUGUCUAUGCGUCGGCGUUGGCCUUACGGGUCGAUGUACCCUUGGCGCUGAUUCGCGAAGCCGGCAAGCUCCCCCCACCCACUCUUUCAGUCAUCAAGUCCCCGUCGCAUAUCUCGUCUUCGGCAUCCAACGAUUCAAGAGAGAAGACGAUCGAGAUGGACCGGGACGUGGUCCCUAGGGGCGCGUCAGUAGUGGUGGUAGACGACGUGCUUGCUACAGGGGAGGCGCUUUGUGCGGUGCUACAUCUAUUAGAUGAAGCAGGCAUUGGUGCCGAGGAUGUCAGCAUCAUGUCUGUGGUUGAGUUCCCUGUUCACCGUGGCCGAGAACUGUUGCGCCGGCGUGGCUUUGGCAGAGUCAAUAUACAAAGCCUUUUGGUUUUUGGCGGUGCUUAG